AUAGUUUGCUACAAACUUAUUUGUAACGCCUACCGUAUUUUGAUAAUUAUCACCAGUCCUACGACAUUUAAAAUUGAUUUGUUGAGAAAGUGUACAUCAUAAGGAAGAAAUAUACCCCUGGGAACAUUGGUGAGGUAUUUGCUCGCUUGCAUAUCAGUUUCGGCCAUUUUGAUCUUCAGAAUCUGACAUACAAUUUUUGACAAUCAAAGUCACGAGAAGUUAAAGUCAGAGAAGUCAGAAAUCAGGUAAAAGUGCUGUACUGAGUGUUACUCUAGAUAGAAAGUCGAAAAUGAGCAAGAAGAAACAGAAAAAUGAAGAAGACGCACAAAAUCAAGAAAUUCGGACGAUAAUCAAUAAUGACAAAAAUACGGAAGCAGCACUUAAACAAGAAAUUAAGUCACAAAAUUUUACUUUAUUUUUGCUGAAGUGACAGGUAAAUUAUUUAGAUAUAUUUUUGAUAACAACAAUGGAAACAUUUUAUUAGGAUUUGAAAAUAUUAUCGUUUAUGACAACAAUAUAGUAUCACAAUGUAAAAAAUGCUUAAGGUUUAAUCAUUCAAGGAAAAAAUGUCAAAAUUGUUAAGUAUGUUCAAAAUGUUGAGAAAACCAUGACAUUUCCUCCUGGAAUCAAUCAACCACCAAAUGUUGUAACUGUGUCUGCCAACCAUAAGUACAACAAACAAUAUGAUACAAAUCAUGAUCCAACUGAUAAAAAAUGCCCUACUUUCAACUUCUUCCAACAACAACACAUGUCACGAGUUUUAUUUUGAGAAGUGGAUCUUAUAUACAAAAUUAACUUCUCUAUCUGGUUUUGCCUACAUGUUGGAAAAGUCUGA